AUGCGUAAUUGGCAUAUCAAAAGGUGGUGGGGGUGGAGGUGGAAACCAGAGAUGGAGAGUUACGAAGCCCAAGUGAAUCGGUCUGAUGCUUUGUGGGACGCUGAUGUUCAGGAAAUCAAUCAGGAACUGGAAAAGAUAGAGGAUGAGCUUCAGGAUCUCAAAGACCAGGAGGAACGGCUCAACGAAAACAUUGCAGAUCUUAAAAAGAAGAAUACGGGAGACUUUUGGGAAGAUGUUCUUGAAGGUGUAGGACUGAUAUCAGCCGAAUCCGAAGUGAAGGACAACGUUGAGAGGGUGAAAAUGAUAAGAACAGAACUGCUGCAAGCGGUGAAGGAGACGGGAAUUGCUGAUUUCUACCAGGCAGCUCAGAUGAUUUUCCACCAUCAAACCUCCAAAGUCUUGCUCAAGGAGACCACCCAGAAAUCUUCCCAGGUGGCCGCGCGGAUGAAUGAGUUUGCCUCUCAAGUCCGCCAGUUGAUGCUUGACGACAAUGGCACUCAGCUGGCAGAAGCCUUGUUCAUAGUGAAUCAAGAGCACCAGAAGCAAUUUCAAAUGCUCAAGAAUUCGCAAAGACAAGUCCAAGUCUUUCAGCAACUGAUAGACCAAUCUAGGAUCCCCGAUUUGCUAGCCCUGGCCCUACCUGAACAGAAUAAAACUGGGUAG